AAACAUUACAUUAUACAUUAAAGCCAUAUAUCAUAUCAUAAUUCUCAUCCACACAUAUAACAACUAUCUAACUAAUGGCAUCCACAUCCACAGCCUGUAGUUUUUUGCACCCAUUCUACACUACUACUACUACUAAAACUCUUAAAGCAGCUCCAUAUUUACAAAGACAACAACUUCUAAACAAACCCCACCACCACCACCCAAUUAUCAUCUGCCACUCAACCCAAGACCAAACCCAGCUGUCUCGUCGGGCCGUUCUCACUCUUGUUAUUGGUACAGCUGCUGUUGCCACAAAGGUCUCCCCGGCCGAUGCAGCUUAUGGUGAAGCUGCAAAUGUUUUUGGUAAGCCAAAGAAGAAUACAGACUUCAAGCCAUACGAUGGAGAGGGAUUUAAGCUCUCUAUUCCAGCUAAAUGGAAUCCGAGCAAAGAAGUAGAGUAUCCUGGUCAGGUGCUGAGAUAUGAAGACAAUUUCGAUACAACAAGCAACCUUGCAGUUAUUGUCACCCCUACUAACAAGAAAUCAAUCACUGAUUAUGGUUCCCCAGAGGAGUUCUUAUCUCAAGUGAAUUACUUAUUGGGGAAACAAGCUUACUUUGGAAAAACAGCUUCUGAGGGUGGGUUUGAAGAAGAUGCGGUCGCAACAGCUAACAUAUUAGAGACAUCAACACCCGUGAUCAACGGAAAGAAAUACUACUACUUGUCGGUGUUGACUAGAACCGCUGACGGGGAUGAGGGUGGGAAGCACCAACUAUUCACGGCCACGGUGUCUGAUGGUAAACUGUAUAUCUGCAAGGCACAGGCUGGUGACAAGAGAUGGUUCAAAGGAGCCCGGAAAUUUGUUGAGACAUCAGCCUCUUCAUUCAGUGUAGCUUAAUGUAAAAACCCUCUGGGCUAAUAUAAAAGGGAAUUUUAGUUAUUAGAUGGCAAAACUAUAAGAAAGUAUUUCGUCAGAAGGAUUCAUGUACUAUAAAAUUUGCUAUGUUUUGUUUACAUUGUAUAUUUGUAUGUAUAUUUCAGUUUACAAA